UGCUUCUUUUCCCAUCGUGGACUUCUAAGGGCUGCUUCGACCGGCGAGUUUGGACGGUGCUUGCUACCUAAAGCUCGUGCACUCCAGCUUCUCUCCAAUAAUUUUGUCAGGAUGGCCCUCUUUCGGUUACUCCCUGCUCGCACAGUCGUCCAAACUCAGAAAUGCCUCCCAGCACUUUCCGUGUUCUCCAGGAAUAUUUCGGCAGACUCCACGGACCUGAAAGGCCUGAUGGCCAGCAAGAUCAAGACAUUCCAGUCCCAGGUGAAGGAGUUCCGUCAGAAAUGUGGCAGCCAGGUCGUCGGCGAGGUCACCAUUGACAUGAUCUACGGUGGCAUGCGAGGCAUCAAAGGCUUGGUGACCGAAACGUCGCAUCUGGACCCCGAGGAGGGCAUUGCCUUCCGCGACUACUCGAUCCCCCAGAUCCGCAAGCUGCUGCCCAAGGCGCCUGGCGGGGAGGAGCCCCUUCCCGAAGGCCUCUUCUGGCUACUGCUCACAGGCGACAUCCCCACACCCGAACAGGUGAAGUGGGUGUCCAAGGCGUGGGCACAGCAGGCGGACCUUCCCUCGCACGUGGUGACUAUGCUGAACAACUUCCCCUCGCACGUGCACCCCAUGUCCCAGCUGAGCUGUGCCAUCACAGCCUGCAACACUGAGAGCAAGUUUGUGCAGGCCUACAACAAGGGAGUGCCCAAGGCCACCUACUGGGAGCACACGUUUGAUGACACGAUGGCUCUACUGGCAAAGCUGCCCCCUAUCGCGGCCACCAUCUACCGCAACCUGUUCCGAGACGGCAGCAGCAUUGGUGCCAUUGACGUGUCCAAGGACUGGUCGGCCAAUUUCACUGCCAUGCUGGGUUACGAUGACCCAAGCUUCACCGAGCUCAUGCGCCUCUACCUCACCAUCCACAGUGACCACGAAGGCGGCAACGUGAGCGCACACACAACCCACCUUGUCGGCAGUGCCCUGUCAGACCCGUACCUCUCUCUGGCUGCCGGCAUGAACGGCCUGGCUGGGCCUCUGCAUGGCCUCGCUAACCAGGAAGUGCUGGUGUGGCUGACCAAAUUGCAGAAGGAGCUUGGAGGUGAAGUGAGCGAUGAGCAGAUGAAAGAGUUUGUGUGGAAGACCCUGAAGUCAGGACAGGUGGUGCCUGGCUAUGGCCAUGCCGUCCUGCGCAAGACGGACCCACGCUACACGUGCCAGCGGGAGUUUGCGCUCAAGCACCUGCCCAACGACCCACUCUUCAAGCUGGUCUCGCAGCUCUACACGGUGGUGCCUCCCAUUCUGCUCGAGCUGGGCAAGGUCAAGAACCCGUGGCCCAAUGUGGACGCACACUCCGGCGUCCUCCUACAGUACUACGGCAUGAAGGAGAUGUCAUACUACACCGUUCUGUUCGGCGUGUCGCGUGCCCUGGGCGUGCUGUCAUCGCUCAUCUGGGACCGUGCCCUGGGCCUGCCCAUCGAGCGGCCAAAGUCGCUCACCUCCGAGGGUCUUAUGAAGCUGGUCGGAUACAAGUGAACGGGAAGCCCAGCAACAUGGAAACUGCUCUCCACCUUCUUGUUCCCCCUGUCUCCUCCCUCCUCCUCCAGCAUCUCCAUCCCAUCACAGUGAACUACCACGCUACUGUGAAAGCACUUGUUCACGACUGUUACAUGCAUCCUUUUCCGCAGCUUUUCUCUGAAUGUUUCCGUUGCUACUCUGCAGUAGUCCGUUUUCUUUUCUUUCUCUCCAGUACUAUUUCACCUUGCCUCUACUGUUUUGUUUAUUGUUCAUGUUUUGUUGAAGAUGCAUAACCCGUGUGAGCACGUAACCACCAACUCGCAACUCGUUGCAGCGUUGACACACCUGCAAGUGACAAACUGGGUUAAACCUUUGAGUCCUUGCUGAACAGCCCGGAGUGAAACCGAUUUUUGGAGUGGGAGAAAUUUUGGUGCAUUUAGAGGAUUGCAGUCAUCGGGCAAGCAUCCUUUUGCACACGUGCAGUGUUUUGCAAAGAGUGUUGCGGGUUAUUCACGAUGCUGAAUGAGUGUUGAAACCUUUUAGGAAAUUGUGCUUGUGUGUGCGUGUUUAUGUUGGGUGUUCAUAAGUUAAGAACUUUUGCACUUGCAUCAUCACAGUGGUGCCUGUUGACAUUGCGCAUAGUUCACUGUGUGCUUGUUGUUCGAGUUGUAGCUUGUUGUGCCCAUCGCCCAUGGGGGAAUUAUUCUGUAUGUUAUUAUUUUUUUUUUUCACGAAAUUAGCAUCCUUGCUUAUUUGGCGACCUUUAUGGCAGUGCUGGACAGAAAUGUCUAAGUGCUCUCGCAGAGUGACGUGGGUUUUUCUUCUCUUUUUUUUUUUUUUUUUUUUUUUUUUUUUUUUUUUUUUUUUUUUUUUUUUUUUUGAGGCUUGGGCUUCGGAAUCAAAACGAUGAGUAAUUUUUUCUUGUACAAAAGCAACAGCUGCCAACAUUGUGCAAACAGUGAAUAGCGUGGCCUUUUAUAUGACAUGUACAGUAGGAUUGGUGGAAAACGUGGAUACCGAUUUCUUUUCUGCAAUUUUGCUUUUCUGCACAAGUGAUAAUGCAUGUAAGCCCUGCACAUGCCUCCUUCUUGCUAAGUGUGGUUGAAACAGAACCUCCUGGCAGUUAAUGACGAGACUUAUUGGCACUCGACACGUGACAUGCAAAGCAUGUUUCAGAGUUGACAUCUCUGGCUAAUGCAUUCACUGUGGCUACUUUCUAGAGCUCUGAGUCAUGUACCUUUCUUUCUUUCCCACCCCUUCUCACAGUACUAUCUCCAACAUCACAACUUCAUCGCGAGUGUGUGUGCAUGUGUAGCAAAUUGCAGGUUGAAGCGGCGUCAAUUGUUCACCAUGCUUUGUUUAAAUCGGCCUUUCUUUUGUCACGUGUCUUGCUUUCCUUCGCUGGGCCUCCAUUUCAUACCUGACAGAAAGUGUCAACUUUCAUACCUGUCAGAAAGCAUUGCAACUGGCGGCAUGCCAUCAUCGCGCGCAUGUAGUCUGUUGCGUGUUGCAUCAUCUGCUUGAAGGCACAGGCACAGCAGACUUCUGCUAGCUGUUUGUCUGUCUUUCUUAAUGUCGUCGUGCUAGCAGCGAUGCUUUGCUCUGUUCUCAUUGCUCAAGGGCGGCAGGUUUCUUUCUGUGCUUUUCACGAAUACGUAUUAGUACUUGCAACUACAAGCAGCCCUGGAGUCUCUCUCGUCGGGCAUAAAGGUGGCACGUUUCAUUCUCCCUAAUCACAUUGAUCUGUUCCUGAAGACUCAACAUCCAGCUUUACACUCGCAUCAUGCCUGGCGAAAUGAACACUUAAAGAAGGUGCACCAGCAGGACGUUGGUCUUCCAGGGGAGCAGCCUUUCGUGACACUGCCAGAGGUGUUUGUGGGUCCCAGUGAUGCGUGCGAUGUGCCCCCCUUGUCUAGCGGCCACCAAUGUCAAGUUUCUUCUUUCUUUUUUUUCUUUGGGGCUGGGGAAGCACACGCCGCACAUCUCAUCAGAAACUGGCAGCCGUUAUAACAUAAUCCCUCCCAUAGACUUUCGCGCCUGGCUGCCAAGUCUUACUUUUAGAGGGAGUGUAUUUUAGAGCCGAGUAAAAAAAAACAAACUGAUCUUAGAGACAGUUGUGAGUGUUUUUAUUUAUUUGAAAGCGCCUCUAGUUUUCUUUCCUCUCUUGGAACACUUGCUCUUUGGAGAUGUGGAAUAAUAAUUUCUUUUUUGUACGGUUGUGUAUCUGUAUGCAUAGUAUACUUAGCCCAGUGUGGAAAAAGAGACAGCAAUACUACCAAGCAAUGAAAGUCUUAACUUCAGUAGCACCUCUUCCAUGAGGGCAUAGGAAGCUGUAAUUAGAUGAAUGGUGUGUAAAAGGAACGAGACGCAAUGUUUAUUCCAUUCAGUGUGAUAUUUGGAAAUAAAUAAUGCAGACAAACGCCUGGGUAUGUGUUGUUGUUGUUUAAUAACUGCAGGCAAACAGGAAGGCGUGUUUCGUUUCAAGUCUAAAAAAGCAAAUAUAGAAUAAAGCAAAAAGUGGUGGAUCGUUAUUUCAAGGUGUCCAAAGCAUCAGUUCAUAGAAAACGGAUACUCUUCUUAAAGGGGGGUGUGCCUCGGAGAUUCACUUCUGUUAAUGAAGCUAACCGAGUUAACAUUAUAUAGAAUACAGAGUUCAAUCUUCUGUUUUUGAAUGUCUUUCGAGUUUUUCAGUAUCUUUCCUGGUUAUUCUUGUGUUCCAUAAAAGUGGGGAGAGUAUGGUCUCUUGUGCAAGAUUGGGGCUUCAUGCCAGGCAAUGGAGUAUGCUGGAAAAUAGUACAUAUUGUUCGUUAUGGAUAGCUAAUUGCAAACAAGUGCAAAAAUAAUACUUUCAAAUUUAAUAAAGCUUUUGACUUAUUAUUCAGAACAUUCAAUUGUUUCUUAAAAAUUGCAUGACUAAAAUUGUAAUCUGGAAGUUUAUUGCUAAUGAAUUGCAUGUAUAUGAAGAAAACUCGUGCAUCCAUAAAGCAGCAACCCCCCAGAAAACUUAGAGGAUGCUUAAGCUUUGCCUUUAAGAGUGGAAUGUGAUAGCAUUCAAAGAACCCUGACUGCUUCUCAUGCUUCGCGCCAGCUAACGUAACUGUAAUGUUUACCAGGAAACACUGGCUGAGAACGCUAUGCACAAAGGCGAGCUUUCUUGAAGAAACGCAGCUUCUUGCGGGAUCCGAUCCCAGAGGUAGUCGCCAAAAAAUUGCGUCAUUUUCAGGUUUCUUUUAUUGUUUCGCACUUUCAAUAUUUAAGUCUGAGAAGAUUUAACAUAAAAAAGAUGCACUGUCGGUGUUUUGUUUUAUGACAUUUGUUUGUGGGAUCAUUCUCAAAAUCUGAGGAAUAACUUUCAAAAAUGAAAGACAAGGUAUGAGCAACUUUAAUGAUAGAAUGGUGUGUCAGUAUAACCCGCACAUACCGCAUGUCGUAUAGCAAGACAUGGCAUAUACAUAGUACCUAAAUAUAUAUGGGAAUUUUUGCUCGCGGACAACAUCACCGACACCAACACCGGAAUUCUGUCGCGUCAAUAAAUGCAGUUUAUGGCGCAUCUGUAUACGACUCUGCGCAUGCGAUUUGGAGGAACAAAGACUAUGCAAAUAGCAUGCCUACCAGGUAAAAACAUGUGGCAACAAGUGCAAAAUUGAGGCUUUAAUGCAUAUAAUGAUUAAAUCUUUCGAUCAUGUCUCCAGUGAGUCUUUAUUCUGUGUUAGGUUUCUCUUUUUUUUUUUUUUUGUGUGCAGGGGGGGGUUGCUUUAGUUAUGUUGGAAUAUGCAGGCACAAGUUUUUCCCUUAUAUGUGAUCUAUUAGCAAUAAACUUCCAGCCGAGAGUCGGCACUCAUGCCUUGUCA